AUGCACGCGUGGCAACCUUUACGACUGGUUCUAUUGAUCAUCAGUGUCGCGGCGUAUGGAGUUGAAUUUGAUGACAAGUUGGCUAGACACAAAUUGUUUCCCUUGGCAGUGUCUGCAUAUGCAAAUGAUCCGCACGAAUGCCUGGCUCGUAAAUUUAAUAAUUCUCAGGUCAGAAACUAUUCUUUCAAAAGAUUUUGGGAUUUCAGUUUCUUACAAAGUACAUCACGCCUUGCGAUGCAGAGAACACGACCAUCCCUUGCUUCAGCUUCAUUGCAGUGAACCAUGAGGACAAAGCUUUGAUGAUAUCCUUUCGGUGAGUGGAGACUCUACAACAUUCCUCAUCAAAAAGAAAGAAGACAUAUGUAUCCCGUAUUUUACCUUAUGGUUUUGUUGAAUCGAAACGACAGGCCUUUGAUCUCGAAUUUACUACUAGCUAUACAAUGACGAUAUAAUUUUAGAGGCUCAACAUCCGCUUAUCAAGUUUAUCAUGUGGUUUAUGACACCUUGCGUAAGAAGGAGGUCGACGCUUUUAACGGUACAAAGAUUGGCUAUUAUUUUUAUCAUGCGUUUGAUCAGAUGUGGAACAAAGGCAUGAAAAAAGACUUUGAACGCUAUGAAAAGCAAUUUAAAGAAUAUCAAAUAUGGGUAGGGCCGACUUACUCUAUUUCAACUCCCUUUCAGAUCACCGGCCAUUCGCUAGGUGGAGCUCUAGCUUCUUUGCUUGCCGCUUCAAUUGUCUUUAACUAUCCACAACACAGCGAGCGAGUUGUAUUGUACACUUAUGGUGAGCCUCGCGUCGGAAACAAAAAGUUUGCCGAUUUUUUGGACAGUAAUGUUAAAAACUCAUUUCGAGUGAUUCAUAACAAAGAUCUUGUGGUUAAUAUUCCACCACUCGAUGAAAACCGAUUUUACCAUCGGAAAAACGCUGUUUUUUACCAAAACAAUAUGAAAGAAGGAGAUGACUUCAUUCUUUGCAAUGGAACGGAUCAAUAUUGUACUAAAAAAUAUACAAGGUUCCCACCGAGCGUAAGAGAUCACCAUUACUACUACGGAGUAUGGGCAUCGCGCUACGGUCGCAAUAAUUGUCAACCAUUACAGUAG